AUGCAGGGAGCAAAAGCGCAGGAGAAAGUUCCAAGGCUUAGCAGAGACUUCACGUCCCAGGCCCCAGUGGACAUCAAGAGCAUGAUGCCCACGGAGAGGAAGUCUAUGUGGAGGACGGCGGAGGAGAGGCGGAUGUCUGAUCUCACCCGUGUGCUGGAGUGGAUGGAGCGGAGGUGGGGAAAGAAGAAGCGAUCCUUGCAGAGGCAAAAGGCCAAUGAGGAAUUCUUUAAAGUAGAUAAGGAAGAUAAGAAAACCAAAGCCAGCCAGAAGAAGCAAGGAGAGACCCAAAGGGUGUCAUUCCAGGGAGAGCAAACUCUGAAAAUGGCUGUUUGGGUCAGCUUCUGUAACUGGGUACCUUCUCCUACUCCCUACAAGGACACAAGGCAAAAACCCACCAAGAGAAGAGAGUCCAAGUACUCCAAGACGCUCGGAGUGGAACCGCUGGGCAAGCAAAUGAAUAUAAACCUGAGCAAAGAUGGCCAGAGGAAGUCUGACUUAGACAUCAAGGAUGCAAUUGCUCUGGAGUCCACUCAGCGGCCAUACCGUCGGCAAAGCUCAGCCGUGGACCCCAUAUUGCAGGAUGGCAUAUUUAGUGGCCGCAGGGUGAACAUCAUGAGAGACUGGGCCACCAAGACCCCGGACACCACCUAUGAGCGCAGGCUGAAAAGCCUCAUGGACAAAGGCACGGAGCCCAAGAUUGAGAAUGUGAAGAUGCUGAAGCCAGAGGAGGUGCUGAGCUGCCGAUACCUGCGGCUGUCCAAGAACAACAUUCGCACCCUGCUAAAGCUCUGCAAAGAUGUGGGAAUGGACGUGGACAUCCACCCCCACAUGGUGGAGGCAGAGAUAGACGCCAAGAAAGUGUUCGACACGAGGCCCAGCAUAGCCCUCUAG